AUAGGCUGAAGUGCGCAGAUCGCCUUCACUGCGGGUGCAUGGAGGCCUGGGGUGGAGCGCCCGUCCAGGUGGCAGCUCUGCUGCUUGUAUUGUAAGUACAACUGUCAUUCCGAAGAUGCCACGUCAGCAUGCCAUUGUUAGAUUGUCAUAUUUCAUUCUGAGAGCCCUGCCGGUUUUUCGUUCAGUGGGUUAUUCCUGGAUGGCACCUCUGCUCUUGCAUGCAUGCUUGAUGAGGUGGUCACACGCGUGAGUCAUGGGCAUGGGCAUGCAUCAAGCCAUGGGCAUGCAUCAAGUCAUGGGCAUGCAUCAAGUCAUGGGCACGCAUCAAGUCAUUGGCAUGCAUCAAGCCAUGGGCAUGCAUGAUGCUGCAAUGAAGGGGGAGUUGGGGAAUGAGCUAAUGGAUACAGUGAAGGGGCUGGCAGCAGCGGAGGCAGGAUUUGCUGAGUACCAAAAGCUGGUGCUGGAGGUGGAGAGGGAAAGUGCAGCAGCAGAUGAGGAGAUGGCAGGGCCAAGCAUGGCGCAGGGAGGAGAGCUUCCUUGCCUUAGUCAAAUUAAGCAAUUGUGAGUGUAGAGCAGGGCAUCAGAUUGGUUUUGAGGUACCCUGAUUGCUCAGGGUGCCUAUUUUUCACGAGUAAAUUACUCUGAUUCUCUGAUUUUCAGAGUUAAUUUUGUGUACCACCCUUAUGUCAACUUAUACAUAUCAUGCAUGUAGAAGUUAUAGGCUAGUAUCGGUGUGUGCUCUUAGUGAGUACAACCCAACUGCUAUAUGUUCCCUAUCGGGGUGGAGGGUACCUUGGGAAAGAACUUCAAAUCUUCUUGGAAGAAAAGGGUAUUUCCCACCAGCUCUCUGUACCUUACAUGCCGCAGCAAAAUGGGGCAGCGGAGCGGCUUAACAGGACCUUGACCGAUUUGGCUCGGGCCAUCCUUGCCCAUGCCGAGCUUGAUAACACUUGGUGGGGGGCAGCAGUGCAGUAUGCCAACUGGGUGAAGAACAG